GCUUGGCGAUCUCCCAGUGAGUCCAAAACCAUCUCCGAGCUCCAGCCCAUGUUGCAAGGCAGCGGCAAGUGUGCGUGUGCAGGGGAGGCAGGUGGCGGCUUGCUCAGUUGGAGAGGGCUUUGAACUCACUGGGAGAUCUCCCCACGUCAAAACCAUCUUCAAGUGAGCAAGCCAUCACUUCCCUGCCCGCGCAGAAAGCGUGCACGUGGGCUGUGAAUAGCGGCGUGGACCGGAUGGAUGGCCAUGGCAGGCUGGAUCCGUCCCACAGGCCGUAGUGUGAGGACCCAUGUUAAACGAGUUUGUCAGUUUGAGGAACAAGCAGGGUACAAAAAGAGCGCCCUGACAGCUCCAAAUUAAGGCUGCCGCAUCUCCAGGUAAAAGGGGGCAGGUAGAUGCAGAAGAACCCUUUCUGCCAGACAUUGUGCAGCUUUGACGGCAGCCCCCCCACACCUUUAUUUUUAGAACCUUGAGGACUGGAAACUUAUUUGGUCUAUAGGGGAAAGUGCUGUACACACACAGUUUGUAUGCAGAAGGUUCAGUACCAGCUAAAAGGACCAGGUAGCGGCUUGUGAUGGAAAGCUUCUCUCGUCGUUCGUUCGGAUCGUUAAUGGGAAGAGAUUAGCCCACUGCGGUUCCUGGCUCAUCUAUAAUCUUGGACGCCAAGGACCGCCGUUGGAUGCCCUCCCUUUCACCAUGUUGCCUUCUCCAGCGAGCAGCCAGCCGAAGGAGCUGUUCGGCGUCCUACCCCUCCCCAUAUACCUCAAGUUUCGGCCGUGCUGGGAUUCGUACGGCACUGGCGUAACCGUGGAGAGGCCGGGGUAUCACAAACUUAUGGAUUUUGAUAAGAGAGGAGGGAAAGGGGAGAACGAAGAAGGCAGAAGGAUGUCUAAAACAGGCGGAAUCAAGAACACGCAUGGAAGCCGAACAACAGGGACCAACUCUGGAGUCUUAAUGGUGGGCCCGAAUUUUCGAGUCGGGAAGAAGAUCGGAUGUGGGAACUUCGGGGAACUUCGGCUUGGGAAGAACCUUUAUACGAACGAAUAUGUAGCAAUCAAGUUGGAACCUAUCAAAUCCAGAGCUCCUCAACUCCACCUGGAGUAUCGGUUCUACAAACAGCUUGGCAAUGCAGAAGGGAUCCCUCAGGUCUACUACUUUGGUCCAUGUGGGAAGUACAACGCCAUGGUCUUGGAGCUCCUGGGCCCCAGCCUGGAAGACCUCUUCGACCUGUGCGACCGGACAUUCUCCCUCAAGACGGUCCUCAUGAUCGCCAUCCAGCUGAUCACACGGAUGGAGUACGUGCACACCAAAAGCCUGAUCUACAGAGACGUGAAACCCGAGAAUUUCCUGGUGGGGCGGCCCGGAAGCAAACACCAGCACACAAUCCACAUCAUCGACUUCGGCCUGGCCAAAGAGUACAUUGACCCGGAGACCAAAAAACACAUCCCAUACCGAGAGCACAAAAGCUUGACAGGGACAGCACGGUACAUGAGCAUCAACACUCACCUGGGCAAAGAACAAAGCCGCAGAGAUGAUCUGGAAGCCUUAGGUCAUAUGUUCAUGUAUUUUCUCCGAGGAAGUCUGCCCUGGCAAGGUCUCAAGGCGGACACACUGAAGGAGCGGUAUCAGAAAAUCGGGGACACCAAAAGAGCCACGCCAGUUGAAGUGCUAUGUGAAAACUUUCCUGAGGAGAUGGCCACGUACGUCCGCUACGUACGCCGUCUGGAUUUCUUUGAGAAGCCGGACUAUGACUACCUGCGGAAGCUCUUCACUGACCUGUUUGACCGGAACGGCUAUGUCUUUGAUUACGAAUACGACUGGGCCGGGAAGCCCUUACCGACCCCGAUUGGCACAAUCCAGAGCGACGUACAAGUCCAGCCUCCGAACCGGGAGAAACCACAGCAGUAUGUUAAACAUCAAGUCAUGAGUUCUACCAACGGAGAACUGAACACAGACGAUCCCACCGCCGGCCACUCGAACGCCCCCAUCACCGCCCCUGCCGAGGUCGAAGUGGCAGACGACACGAAGUGCUGCUGUUUCUUCAAAAGGAGGAAGAGGAAAGCCAUGCAGCGUCACAAGUGAAGUGUUCUCUUUGGCUCUGGCUAGGAGCUGGUCAGGACUGUGUUUUUUCCCCCUUUUACUUCCUGGCUGUGGAUAAUGGAUCUUGAUCCCUCAACUGGCUGGGGAACUCCCCUGCUCCAGUUCUGCUAGCAGGUCGUGGGGGGGCACAAGUCACUUUGACUCUGCUGACCGGCUUGCCUGUCCCCCCCCACCCCACCCCGGACCGUGCGUCUCGUCUCCCCUUCCUCCCAAGAGACAUGAAUGGAGGUGGGGCCACUGGCAGGAAAAACAGAAAAGCACGCCAGAUGUUCUUGCGGACGGUGCCUGCGGCCUCCUAGAAAGCAUUAACUAUUUAUGCAACAGUCCUUCCUUCCACUCUCUUCCCAGCUCCCUUCACCUCUCUGGUUUUGUUGAAUAGUUUUUUUUCUCUUCUGACAAAAACAAAAAUGGGAACCAAUUACACGUGUUUACCUAUAGAAGAUGCAAAGCGAUGAUCCUGAGAAAAGCAGCUGCCAAUCCUUCCCCCUCGCCGUACUGUCUGCGUUUCUUAAGUUAAUUUAAACAUUGCAUCGUAGCCCCAGUGCCUAAAUGAUGGGGCAGAUUUCCCCCGUCUCCUUUUUGUAGCGCUGCAAAAAUCUUACUUUUAUCUUUUCUUUUAAACUGCUCUCCUGUUUGGUUUCUCCAGCAGCCGUCCCUCUCCUCAGUUCUGUUCUCCCAGCCUCGCCAGCGGUGCCAUGGCCGGCAUCCUGCUGGGGGUGGUGGGGGGCAGAAGGGGGUGCGUGCAUGUAAGUGUACAGGGGAGGGGGGGUGGGCUAGCUUGCUUACACUCACCCCCUCCAAUUUCAUAAUGCACUUUUUGUAGCAAUACAAGCGACAUCUGUGUCUCGAAAC